AUGUCUGAAUUCAAUAUUGAAGAACCUUUGACUUCGAAUGUCAGGCCCGCCUCCGACGCGCUCGUGACCAUAAGAAUCAUCAAGUCCUUUCCUUACAGAAACGUGAAGAAUCAUGUGAUGACUUCAAUUAAUUUGAAGACUACGACUCCUUCUCAGUUGUUGGAGAGUAUUCAAAAAAUCAUUGAUACUACCGGCUCCCUCAGGCCCUACCGAAACGUAAAGUAUGACACGGUGAAGGUCUACACCCAUGCGCAUGGCUCGAAAUCAAUGAACUUGGUGAUCAAUUUCGAGAAUGACGAGAAAGAUAUUUUGCACUGUGAGGACAAGACGAAUUUGGUGCAAAAGGAACAAUGUUUGUGGGAUUUGGGGGUCGAGAAUGAAACUGAAAUCAGCAUUUUCAACUACCAAGACUAUGCAGCGUACAAGGCCAAUCCAGAGGAGAAGUGGUAG